UUCAUUCGUAUUCACUUUGUUUGAGUGUGUGUUAUUAGUUUCGUUUUUCGUUGUUCAUAUUCUUAUUCUCUCUCGUGUUAUUGUUUAAACCUGAAGAUUAAUAAUCGUUAAUUUUAUUGUAGUUUUUCAAUUAAGUAUUACUUUUGUAUUUGUAUUAAGAUCCAUAGCAGAAUGUUUCGUAAUUCGACUUGGAUUUUUUGUGCCAUCCUAUUGUGUUGCGGGAAUAUCUGUUUGGGAGAUGGAGAUAACGCCCUGCAGCGUGAAAAUAAACCUGAUAAUGCACCCUCGAACAGCGUCCAACCCGAACCCAGAGCAGUAAACCCGUCUCAAGGAACAACUGAUGUAACGAAGCCAUCGUCGACGUCAACGCAGACGAGUACUUCAACACCUGAAACUUCUACGAAAACUGAAGCAACUACCACUCCAUCAACUUCUGCGGCUACUCCUAAACCAACGACAACCAUAACCCCCUCAUCUUCGCCAAGCACUACAUCUCCACCAUCAACUGGCACUUCGACUCACUCUCCAACGACAACCCCUUCGAGUCCUGCCACACCAUCCAGUACAACUUCAAUCCCGAUCACUCCAAAGCCUGGCCCUCAGAAAGGAUCGUGGAAUGUAACCGAUCCUAAGAGAAAUAUUACCUGUAUUCGAAUUGAUGGAACUUUCUCGAUUGACUAUGAGUACAUCUUUAAUAAAACGGCUCCGGCUGAUAAAAUUCAUUUUGACGUACCGCGAUGGGCUCGCGCCAGUGGAAGCUGCGAUGGCAAAAUCGUGUUGGAAUGGAAUAACAGCUCCUUGGAAUUCCAUUUCGGUUUCGAAAAGAACGGUACUAAAAAGGACGCAACCAAAUAUGUAUUAUCUUCUUUCGCUGGUGAUUUGUUCAUUCCAAAAUACAAUGCCACCAAACAUUUCAAUUCCAACACUAAUGAAACUCAUUUUGAAACGCCUGUAAAUCAGUCAUAUUCUUGUUCCGCCAUGAAACAAAUCAAAGUCGACGACCACACGAAAGUUACUCUCGAAGAUUUCCACCUUCAAGCAUUCAAAGUUUCAAACACAACCAACUUCGAUACUAGUGUUGAUUGCGCUGGAAAUCAUUCCAGCACUCCGGAUAUUGUGCCAAUCGUUGUCGGAUGCGUGUUAGCAUUACUAGUAAUCGCUGUUUUGGUAGCAUACUUGAUCAGUCGCCGAAGAUCGGCUACCAGAGGUUACCUCAGCAUGUAAGAAUCGAUGUAAGGUAAUUUACCGUUAAAUCCUCUUUCUCACGAACGCAAAAAAUCAACCCCCCUUAAAAAAAAGUAAAAUUACGAAGUUUUUCAUCGCGAAUAAUUUUUUUUAUCGAAAGUUAUUAUACGUACAAUAAGUAAGUGAAAAAAUUAUUAUUAUGCGAGUGAAGUUGAGAAAUUGUACAUCCGCAUAAUACCAUCAUACUAGUUUUUGUCAUUCAGUUGAUAUUACCCUAGUACCUCUACCUACCUUUUUCGUUUCUGUUUUUUUUUCUCGAAUGUACGGUAUCAAAAUAUUACCUAGCUACCUUAUUUCUGUAUAAAGUAUUACUGAAUUUUUUUUUCUAUCGCGUAUUCUUUUUUAAAACAUUAAUCUUUGACUGCAAAAAAAAACGAAAGGAAUAAGUAGUUAACGCAUUUUUUCUUUAUUUGUAAUGUUUAUUUUGUUUAUGAUUUUUUUUAUUGAUAUUUUUCGCUUAUUAUUACCAUUUUUUUUCUCAGUGGGCAAGAGUGGUUACCUUUCCUUCCUCUCUUUUGCUACUACAUUAUAUUUUUUAACUUUUAUUCCGUAGUUUUUUUGAAUGGUUAAUAAGUAAAUUCAAGCGUAUUGUAUUUUCAAUAUUCCGAUCGUACGUAGAUGUUAAGUAUGAGUUGAUUUAGACUUGAGUAUUUUCAAGUAACCACUCCGUGUCUUUUUGUUUAUACAUGUAAUGUAUACUAUUUUGUUUAUUUUGAAGUUUCUUUUUCAAUUUUUUAGCCUAUUAUUAUGUAAUUAUUGAUUUUUUUUUUCUUAUAUGUAUUAACCCUUUCAAGUUGAAAACAACACAACGUGAGCGUAUAAAUAUUUUUUUAUUAUUUGUGAAUUACUUUUCAAUUUUGGUAAUUUCAAUUAGAACGCGAAAUGUUGGGAUUUUAUUCGUAAUCGUAAUUAAUUCGAAGGAAAUGAUAUAUUAUACAGAAUUUUAAAGACGACAAGUGAUAAUUUGUGUGAUCUUAUCAUAAUAAUUAGGUUUGUUGCAAUUAUAUCAUUUAUAUUGUCAGUAUAAUAUAUUUACUUUUAAAGUUU